AUGGCCGACUACGAUCGCAGAGGUGGCGGUGGAGGUGGAGGUUACAACAACCGCAAGAGACGGGUCAGAGAUGACGAUGAAUACGACCGCAGACCACAGCGCCGCCCGCGUUACAACGAGCCGCCCCCCCUGCCCGUUCGCAUCCGCAAACAGCUCUUGACCCUGGCCGAAUCGCCCCUGCGCCGUUGGCACGAGGAGGUCCAGUCCAUUGCGCACAUCGUCGCCGACAACUACGAUGGAAGUGAGCUCAAGGAAAGCUUUCUCGACCUGGUCGGUCUAAUGGUGCUCGAGCAACCACUUAAGAUCCCCUUUGUGGCCGCUGUCGUUCUCGUCGCCAACUCCCUGAAGGGCGAGAUCGUUAAUGAUGUUCUGGCCCGCAUCAUCCCUCGAACCGAAGACAAGAUUAAGCAGGGUGAAUGGCGCGAUGUUAAGCUCUAUCUCAAGUUUUUGGCCUGUCUUCAAAGUUGUUUGGAGGGAGAUGGUCUGUUCCCCGUCCUGGAGGAGCUUUUCAAUCGCGCUGUAGAGCUGCAAACUAGCAGUUCUGAGGACACCAUUGGCACUGAACUGGUGAAGAUCAUCCUUCUUACCAUUCCAUACAUUAUGGCUGCGGCCCCGGGACCGGAAGCUCAGCAGAAGGCGGCCGAUCUCAUGGACAAAACCGAAGUCAUCGCAUCGGAGCCGCAUGCGUUGCAGGUGUUGAUUGACCCAUUCCACACGCCAGACGGCGAAGACAGCCCAACUGCAAACUCCAGCUUGAUCGGGUUGCUGCAAAAGCAGCUGCAGAAUGAGGCCACCAAUGGGUGGGAACUUUCUUGCCUGCCUCGGCCUUGGAAGAUGCCUCUCGAGGAGGUUGAGCUGCAGGAGAAGAUGGACAAUGCUCAGAAGCACGCCCUGCCUGUCAUCGCCAUCCCUGAGACGGUCGUUGCGGGCCCGCGGCCUCUGUUCCCCGAGAUCUACUUCUCCGUCUAUGUUAAUCAGGAGAUCGAGUCGGUCCCGUCCGUCACCAACAUCGCGGCAUCACUGAUUCGCGACGGGUUGCUGGACACGAUUAACCUUCUGGACUUCAACCGUAACGUGACGGCCCGCUACUUGAUCGAUGUGGACUGUUAUUUUGCGGACGGCACAUUCAUCAAGCGGGCGACACCUUUUGACCGACUACGAGACAUUGAUGGUGGUCGAUCGACGUGGAAACCCGAGGACGUGGCAGUCGACGCUGUCUUCUCACAACUCUUCCAACUGCCAACGCCUGAGCAUAAGCUAGUCUACUACCACUCCGUUCUCACCGAGGCUUGUAAGAUCGCCCCUGCAGCCAUCGCGCCUAGUCUCGGCAGAGCCAUUCGCCAGUCGUACCAGAACAUUCAUCGUACCGACCUCGAGCUUGGUCACCGUUUCCUCGACUGGUUCACACACCAUCUCAGCAAUUUUGGUUUCAUGUGGAAAUGGACCGAAUGGGUCGACGACGUAGAGCUUCCCGACCUCCAACCGUGCAAAGCAUUCAUCAUUGGCGCCCUUGACAAGGAGAUUCGCCUUAGUUUUGCUCAACGAAUCAAAGGCACUCUUCCAGAGCCAUACCAGAGGCUCAUCGGUCCCGAGAAGGAACAGGACACCCCUGCAUUCAAGUUCAAGGAUGCGCACACCCCUUUCUCAGCCGAAGGCAUAGAAUUAGCUGCGCUACUGAGACGAAAGGCACCGGAUGAGGAGAUGCAGCCAGUCAUUGACCGCAUCCAUGCCGCUGCUCUAGAGCACUCGAUCGAUCCUCUCGUAUCUAGCACCGAUGUCUUCAUGACAGCAGUCUGCUGGGUGGGCUCCAAGUCGCUGUCCCAUGUACUGGCAUGCAUCGAGCGCACUAAGGAUCGUCUGCUGGACAUUGGCGCUGCCUCUGAAGCUGCCAGAUUACAAAUCAUUACGUCGGUUGUGACUUAUUGGUCGGCGCAUCCAGGAACUGCUAUCAGCAUCAUCGAGAAGCUGCUGAACUACUCCAUCGUCACACCGGGUGCUGUCAUCGACUGGGCCCUUGUCAGUGGCAAGGCCGGCUCCGGCGGCGAGGCUCUUAGCAAGGCUUGGGUCUUUGAGCUUGUGUUUAGCACCGUAGUCAAAGUGACGACGCGAGUUCGCCAGGUUGCAACCAGCGGUGCGGCUGAUGGUACUGCCGAGGCGGAGGUCACGGCUAUGCGCGAGCUGUUCAAAAGUAUGGAGGACACCUUGGUCAGCUGGGCUCAAGGAACCAAAGACCAGAUGAUGGACCCUGCCGAGCCCAUGGACGGUGCCGGGGGUAAUAGGGAAGAACUUGUACAGCGGUGGGGAUUGAGAUGGCUGAGAGUGUUCCGACGACGAUCCGCCAUCGAGGAGGCAUAUCUCCUGACGGCCACGGCGAAUCAGCAGCAGUCGGCAUGA